AAUAACAAUGGCGUACUAAAAUUAGACUGAGCUUUUGUGUGUAUGUGGUAUUUACUAACUGAAGGAUACGUGACUGGUGAUAGAUCAUACGAAAAAUACUAUUACUCUAAAAAGAAAUCAUGGCUAUGCCACCACCAGUUCCACCUGGCAAACGCAAGGAAAUCUAUAAGUAUGAAGCGCCCUGGACUGUUUACAGCAUGAACUGGAGUGUGCGUCCUGACAAGAGAUUUCGUCUUGCUCUGGGAAGUUUUGUUGAGGAGUACAACAAUAAGGUUCAAAUAGUUAGCCUAGAUGAAGAAACUUCAGAUUUCUCUGCAAAAAGUACAUUUGAUCAUCCAUAUCCUACAACAAAGAUAAUGUGGAUACCUGAUUCUAAAGGCGUUUUUCCUGAUUUACUUGCAACAUCUGGUGACUACCUGCGAGUGUGGAGGGUCGGUGAUACAGAGACAAGACUUGAGUGUUUGCUCAACAAUAACAAAAAUUCUGAUUUUUGUGCCCCUCUGACAUCAUUUGACUGGAAUGAAGUAGAUCCCAAUCUUCUUGGGACAUCCAGCAUUGACACAACUUGUACUAUUUGGGGAUUAGAGACAGGACAGGUACUUGGGCGGGCUAAUAUGGUGUCCGGACAUGUCAAAACACAACUGAUUGCUCAUGAUAAAGAAGUUUACGACAUAGCUUUUAGCAGAGCUGGUGGUGGCAGAGAUAUGUUUGCCAGUGUGGGUGCUGAUGGUUCCGUGAGAAUGUUUGAUUUGCGUCACUUAGAACAUUCAACCAUCAUCUAUGAGGACCAACAACAUGUUCCACUCUUAAGAUUGGCCUGGAACAAACAAGAUCCUAAUUACCUAGCAACAAUGGCACUCGAUGCACUGGAGGUUAUAAUCCUUGAUGUUAGAGUUCCAUGCACUCCUGUUGCCAGAUUAGCCAACCACAGAGCUUGUGUAAAUGGCAUAGGAUGGGCACCACAUUCCAGUUGUCACAUUUGUACUGCAGGAGAUGAUCACCAAGCUUUGAUAUGGGACAUCCAGCAGAUGCCACGAGCUAUAGAGGAUCCAAUCCUUGCUUACACAGCAGGUGGGGAAAUCAACCAGAUCCAGUGGUCAUCCACACAACCUGACUGGAUCAGCAUCUGCUACAACAACUGCAUGGAGAUAUUGCGAGUGUAGGCUCAGAAGAAACCUGAAGCUUUUUGUUUAAAUGCAUUUGUAAAUAGUGAAUGAACGAUGAAGGUUAUACUUUUAAUUUAUCUUGAAAAGAAAUGUAACAUAGUAAAAAUAAAUUUAUUUUGAGUCAUUUAAUUGAAUUGUUUAAAAAUUGUAAAAAUGUUUUGAAGAUGCAAAUGUGUUUGAUAUACUAUGUCUUUUUAUAAUUUUCUUUAAUGAAUAGAGUGUAUGAGAGGACCAGAAUGUUGAAUGUAAAAUGGCAGGUGAUUGAAACAAUAGUUACUAGUCAUGUUUUGAAAAUAAGUAUGAGUUAUUUUUUAUUGAUCACUGGACAUUUUUAAAAAGACAGUUAUACCAAGUAUUGUCUUUUUCUAGACAUAUAAUGUUUUAAAGAUGAAGAAAGAGAGAGAGAAAGAGUAUAUGAGUGUUGUACUAGGUAAAAUGACUGGUUUUUUUUAAAAAAUGAGUGAAACUGACUUUUUAAAAAAAAUGUUGAAUGGCAUUUAAGAAAUAAAACCUACAUGUGAAAAAAAAAACAAGACUGAUGAUUAACACUUCCAAUGCUGAAAUCAGUUGAUAUUGUGAAUAGGAACACAUUUAAAAACUUCUGAAAUGAAGUGGAUGUAAAAAAAAAUAUUUAUUAUGUCACCAUCGUUAUCAGUUUAAAAUUUCUAGAUAAAAGUGUUUCAGUAAUCUAAUAUCAGUAGGUCUGCUUCUUAAACAAAUUUUAUUAAUCUAUUCAAUUCACCACAAAAAUCAUAAGAUUACAUCAAGUUUGUAAUAGCUAUAUGUUUGUAUAUCAACAUAUUAUUUUCGUACUGUUCCAUGACCCAUACUAUAUAUCUUCUCAUAGCUGUUUCAGAUUUGUUCUAAAAACAUCAUAUGCAAAAUAAUUUCAAUUAUUACAUUUUCAAUACAUUUCUUAAUUAUUCUAUAGAAAAUUUGUAAUAGUUUCUAGAUCUGAUGAAUGUGAAAUUGGACUUAUGUGUAUUUCUUGUGUGAUGUGUAUUCAAAUUUGAAUUUUAUAUUGUCAUUUUCCAUGCUUUGUUGUCAUUAUUGUGUUGUGAAUUGAAUCAUUUUCAAUUUAAGUUUUCAUUCAAACUUUUAGUAGGUCAUUUUGAAAAUAAAUGUAAGCCAAAUCAUUUUACUACAUGUAUAUAGUAUUCACAAACAUUAACUGUAAUAAAGCAUUUUUUAUUUUUAAAAUGACAUCAUAUUUGAAUUUAGAAGUUAAAAAUGUGUUUGUAUUAAAGAUAAUAAAGUACAAAGGUGCUAA